AGAGCCCCAAGUCCCAACUAAAAUAGCCAGUUGCUGAUCGAAUCGACCAUAAUGCCAGCGCCAGUAGCGGUGUGCGUCGUUGCGGCUAUUGCAGGUGUCGCUGCUGUCAUUGCUUUCCAUGAGUUCGUCUUUGAACCCCACAUUGCCCCCGCCAUCGAGCGUUGGGCAGAGGACUUCCUCGCCAAACGUCGUGCUCGACGCAGAGGUCCUGUUCCUUUUCCAUCCACCCGAGGGUCUGGACAUGGAGACCCAGGGCCCAGCGGUGCUAAUCCGAGGGAAAGAGCCCCUGCAGGAGAAGAAGAUCCUAUCGAAUUACAAGGCUUCAAUCUCGAUGAAUGGCGGAACCAGGUCUAUCACACCGCCCCAGGUACGGGUAUGAGGCGAAGAGUCGGAGUAAUUCCCGAUACAGACGAAGGGAGUAUAUCUAACACAAUGAAUGAGUCUAUCACGUCCCUCACGCACACCCCGCUCUCACCCACUCAUUUCAUUUCCAAUGUCUCCUCCCCAAUCAUGGAAGCUCACUCCGUAUCCACCCGCACGCCCAGCCGCGCCCACUCUCGUGCCUCUUCUCGUACCGCAAAAGAUGGCGAGCGUGAGGGCAACACUUUUCCGCCAUUUGGACCCAUCCUCCCAGAUACCCCCCGCACAAGUGCUGCUUACUCUGCCCGCCCAUUUUCUCCGGUUGUGCGCACGCCCGUGCAUUCUCGCGUACCAUCGAGCAGGCCUUCCCUGCGGCACUUGAACUCAAGCUCAAGCUCGCGCGUCGGUGUGGAUAUGCAGGGCAGGCGUGUAAACAUUGACGUCGUUGGCGAGCACGUCAACUUCAACAUCAACAGCAGCGUCAAUACGAGGAUGCAAGAGGGUAUGAGCGCAAACACUAGUGUUGUAGAUUCACUAUCAGAACGUUACCCCGCACCGCCCACUCCGCCCGUCCUGCUCUCCCCGCCUUCAUCACACACUACCUCCUCCCCAAGCACAGACAUACUGAGCCUUGGGAGCAGCGGUAGCCAGCCCGGCUCGCCAUUUGACAUGGUGUCCCCGCCUGUUCGUAUCGGUGAGGUGCACCUCCCCUCGCACACAUCCCUCUCAGGUGCUGUGAGCUCGCUAUCUCCCUUGAUGAGCGAGCACGACUUUAUGGCGUUUGGCGAGGCGUCGGAUCUGGAUGGGGCGGAAAUCUUGGCUUCGCCAAGCGGAAGUACACGUUUGCAUAAUCCGUUUACUGAUUUUGAUGAGGGGAAUGAUUCCGACAGCGGUAGUGAAGGGAGCUGGAGACGGCUGAGUGUGACAUCCCGCAGGUGAUGCUCGUCUUGAGGGGGAGUUUGUCACAUCAUCAGAAACAGGAUGGAUGGUGGUGUAGUGUGCCUUGCUCCUUUUUCUCUUCCUUUUUACUAUCUGAUUCCCUAUUUUGUCGUUAAUUCGUACUCGUGUUGUUUUGUCGCUCUUUUCCUCCGUGUUGUAUCUUUACCCUCAUUGUGAUCGUUGUGAACCCACGACAAAUCAUCGAACAUAUUUUCGACUCUUCUCCUUUGACAAAUCCAACUGACUGUGUUGCUGUAGUAAUGCCAUCUAUAUCGACUGCGACGGCACCUUGCAUGCAACACUGGAAAUGGCAC